CACAUGAUUUUGUAGUGUAUAUUGAAUUGAAUUGCGAAGAAGAAAGGAAAGGAAAGGAGCAUGGCGAGUGGUGGGAGCGUGAUGCAGCGGUGCAGCGUGGCUGCGAAGUGGCUGAUGACGGCGGAGAGGGCGGCGCCGGCGUUGCCACAGUUGUGUGGGCGCGGGGACAAGAAGACGAAGAAAGGGAAGAGAUUCAAGGGAUCGUACGGAAACUCUCGUCCGAAGAAAGAGAAGAUGAUAGAGCGCAUAAAAGACAAGGUCGAAGUUCCCAGGUCCACUCCUUGGCCUCUCCCUUUCAAGCUCAUCUGAUUCAUUCUUCCAAUCUCCUGCUUCGUUUGACUCAUAUGUCUAUUCAAUCGUUAUUAUCUCUUGCCAUUGAAUAUCUAUCAUAAACUUCAAUGUUUGUUAGUUUCUAGUAGAUUAAAAACCUAGUUCAGUUGGUAGAUUGCGUCCUUCAAUUUGUAUCCUUGGAGUGUGAUUUAUGGCUAAAUACUGAAUCCACCAAGACACGGAUGAUUCACACAAUUGCUGCUCUUAAUUAUGCAAAUUAUCUUAAUAUUAUAUGCUGUCCUGCAUAUCUGCAUUCCUUGCUGGACACUGUCCAUAAUAA